GGGGGUGGCACUGACCAAUCAGAUCUGCAGGUUGGUGCUGUGACCGCCCGCGAUGGCCGUCUGAGCGACCGUCUCACGGACAGAGGAGUCCCCGUCAAAACAGGAGAAAUUCAGGUUAAGUGAUGGGUGAGAUUGAAGGCUCCUACCGUGUUCUGCAGACACCUGGGAGUCGUUUAGGGGUCCAUUCUACCACUGCAGUUAGUACUCUUGAGCCUGGACAAAGUCUUUCUAACACAAUGACCACUUCAUCCCGCUCUCAUGGCAAGGGACUGCAGGUCCGAGUACAGGCAUUAGAUGACACCCAGGAGGAGUAUGACAUAGAGACAAGGACUGUAGGCCAGGCAUUACUUGCUGAAGUUUUUAGACGACUCAGUGUGGUAGAGAGUGAUUAUUUUGGCUUGGAGCAUCAAACUUAUCAGAUGAAUUGGGUUUGGCUGGAGCCCACAAAACCCGUUUUGAAACAAAUUCGAAAACCGAAGAAUGUUCUUUUUCGAUUGUCUGUAAAAUUCUUUCCACCUGAUCCUGGUCAACUUCAGGAAGAAUACACCAGGUACUUAUUUGCACUCCAGAUUAAGAGAGACUUGCUAGAAAACAAGCUACUCUGCAGUGAUAACACAGCUGCUCUCAUUGCUUCUCACCUUUUGCAGUCUGAAAUUGGUGACUUUGAUGAGGCAACUGAUCGGGAACACCUAAAAAUCAGCAAGUUGCUUCCAAAACAGGAUCACCUUCAGGAAAAAAUCAUGGAAUUUCACCUAAGACACCUGGGUCAGACUCCAGGAGAAUCAGAUUUCCAGGUCCUGGAAAUUGCUCGAAAACUUGAAAUGUAUGGGAUCCGUUUUCACCCUGCUGCUGACCGUGAAGGAACCAAAAUCAACUUGGCAGUUGCUCAUAUGGGACUGCUUGUAUUUCAGGGUACAACAAAAAUUAACACUUUUAAUUGGUCCAAGAUCCGGAAGCUAAGUUUUAAGAGAAAGAGAUUCCUUAUUAAGCUGCAUCCUGAGGUCCAUGGCCCCUACCAAGACACUUUGGAGUUUCUCAUGACCAGUCGUAAUCAUUGCAAAAUAUUUUGGAAAAAUUGUGUUGAGUACCACACUUUUUUCCGUCUUCUAGACCAACCCAAGCCCAAAUCAAAAUCUAUCCUUUUCACCAGGGGAUCCUCCUUCAGAUACAGUGGGAGAACACAAAAACAGCUGGUAGAUUAUGUCAGGGAAAGUGGGGCAAGAAGGACUCCUUAUCAAAGGAGAAACAGUAAAGUUCGAUUGUCUACUAGGACUCUGGGCACGGAAGUACCAAAACAGAGUAUGUCAUUCAGCGAAUGCCUAAGGGUUCCUGGUUCUCCAUCUUCUGCAACCAUCUCCUACCAUUCCCUGCAUGCUACAAGCACAUACCCUCACCUUCAUCGGGAACAUGUCCAGUCAUCUACCCCUUCGCAGGAAGAUCCCAAGAAGGACACUUCCCCACCCCUCCAUUCUUUCCAAGGGUUUUCGAUGGACAGCCCCCAGCUUUCACCCUUCACCCCGAAGAGCCCACUGAGCUUGUCACCUUCUAUCCAGAUGUCAACACUGAGCCUGCCAGGUCAGGCACCCUCACCCCUUCAAAGUCCCAUUCUGAGCGAGGUGGGCAGUGCCAAGCUGGAGGAGGAUGAGGAGGGCAGGAGGAAGAGGUAUCCAACUGACAAAGCCUACUUUAUAGCCAAAGAAAUACUGACCACAGAGAGAACUUACCUGAAAGAUUUGGAGGUCAUUACAGUGUGGUUUCGAAGUGCAGUAAUAAAGGAGAAUGCUAUGCCUGAAGGCUUAAUGACUUUGCUGUUUUCUAACAUUGAUCCCAUUUAUGAAUUUCAUCGUGGUUUUUUGAAGGAAAUUGACCAGAGGCUGGCUCUCUGGGAAGGGCGUUCUAAUGCUCAUGUAAAAGGAGAUUACCAAAGAAUCGGAGAUGUGAUGCUAAGAAAUAUGAAUGCUCUCAAAGAAUUUACAAGCUACCUUCAAAAACAUGAUGAGGUGCUGACAGAGCUGGAGAAAGCCACCAAGCGACUGAAGAAACUGGAAACAGUAUACAAGGAAUUUGAGCUCCAGAAGGUUUGCUACCUGCCUCUCAACACCUUUCUGCUCAAACCCAUUCAGAGGCUUAUGCACUACAAACUCAUCCUCGAUAGGUUGUGCAAUCACUAUGCUCCUGAUCAUCGUGACUACAGUGACUGCAAGGAUGCCCUCAAGGUAGUGGCAGAAAUGGCCACUCAACUACAAAGCAGUCUGAUCCGCUUGGAAAAUUUUCAGAAACUAACUGAGUUGCAGAGGGACCUUAUUGGGAUUGAGAAUCUCACUGCACCUGGCAGGGAGUUUAUCCGGGAAGGCUGUCUGUAUAAACUCACCAAGAAAGGGCUUCAGCAAAGAAUGUUCUUUCUGUUCUCAGAUAUGCUGCUAUACACCAGCAAAGGGGUGACUGCAACCAAUCAGUUCAAGGUCCAUGGUCAGCUCCCUCUGCAUGGCAUGCUGCUAAUUGUUUUGGAUCUGCCGGUAGAAGAAGCUGAAAAUGAAUGGUCUGUCCCUCAUUGCUUCACAAUUUAUUCAGCUCAGAGGACCAUUGUAGUUGCUGCUAGCUCAAAGGUGGAAAUGGGGAAAUGGAUUGAGGAUCUGAACAUUGCCAUUGAGAUGAUGAAAAAAUCCCAUGAAAAGUCAGAGCUGUGCUUGGACAGUUGUCCCAAAGACCGAUCAAACAGAUCAUCUGAUGAGGUUUCCCUGGAGCAAGAGUCUGAAGAUGACACUCACUCCUCACGGAGUUCACUGGACAAGCAAACUCAUCACCGUGCAAACACCACCAUGCACGUGUGCUGGCACCGCAACACCAGCGUGUCCAUGUCUGAUCACAGCCUGGCCGUCGAGAACCAACUCUCUGGAUACCUGCUGAGAAAAUUCAAAAAUAGCAAUGGCUGGCAGAAACUUUGGGUUGUGUUCACCAAUUUUUGUCUCUUCUUCUAUAAAACACAUCAGGAUGACUUUCCUUUGGCAAGUCUCCCAUUACUUGGUUACACAGUGAGCACUCCAACAGAGACGGACAGCAUUCAUAAGGAGUAUGUCUUCAAGCUGCAGUUCAAAUCUCAUGUUUACUUCUUCAGAGCUGAGAGCGAAUAUACGUUUGAAAGAUGGAUGGAGGUGAUCAAAAGUGCUGCCAGCACCACUGGAAGAGUUAGUCUUCUGAUACAGAAGGAGACCAAGGAGCAUAAUGGGAAUUGAAGAUAUCCAAGUCUUGGGGCAGGGCCUUUUGGACUAUGGAAAACUUCUCUCUGGCAGUCAAGAGACUAAUUGCAAAUACAUUGGAAACUUUUUCCACUUUUAGAGAAGUCAUAAAACUUACCCCCAGUGUGAACUCUGACAGAUGGCUGUAAAUAACAUUUUGGAAGAGAAUUACUUUGAUCAGUAUUUAACAGAGGACAUUAGCUGUGGCCUCCAGGUAGAUCUUCAUUAGGCAAUCACAAAAUAUCACAUCUGAAGAUGGCCAUCAAAGCUGUUAGUCAUCCAGAUGGCAGGCAAUGCCUUGACUAGCCCCCGGCUGGACCGUGGUCUGCUAAAGUUGAGCAGCCAACUUUCUAACUGGUGCUUGUCACAAGGUGUGUUGCCACUUCUCACUUGGGCUGUUUAGGUAAGGAUAGAGCUGACUGAGGGCAUUUGUAAGUGGACAAAGGUUGGAGAAAGGUUAGGAAAAUGUCAGGUUCACUGAAUAAAGUGGUCAUGUUGUUGUAGUCUUUAUUUCUCUAAAGGCCCAGAAAUCUUAACUUGAUACUGGGACUUGUCGAUGUGAUAUGUAGAAUGGCUACUGAACAGCAUUCACAAAAAUGCUUUAGCUUUAGCCACCUGUAUGCUGGCACACGUGUCUCUGCUUGAGCGCAUGCAAGUAUCCGUAAAUAUUUGUUAGACACAGAGUAAAUCAAUAUAACAACUGUGGGAGAAAGUGCAUAAAACAGUAGCCAGUGUCAGCCGAUUGAGUUUACUGCAAUCCCCAUCUCAAUGUCUAACUCCGACAGGUUGGCCUGUUCUACAUCCCCUUCUCUGCCGAUUUAUUAAAUGUUAUUUCUCAGGUACCUCGUAAAGUCUGAGCUGACACUGUUUUUAGUAUAAAGUAAAGGUCAUUUUUUUCAUUACACAUUUUUAAAUAUUCAUGUUAUGCUUUUGUUUUUAUAUUCUGUUAAACGAACACAAAACCUCCUGUAAAUGUAAAACCAUGACUUUUCUAAAAUACAGCAAAUGAUCAUUUUGUUAUUAGGUAACAGAGUUGAGUGCUGCACUUUUAUGACGCAUCCAGACCAUUCGUGCUGAAAAAAACUAAUUGACAGCAGAAAAUGUUUCAGCGGAACAGAAAUGUGGCCAAUCUGGGCUGAUUUAUGUGGCUGCAGAGAACGAAGAGACUGAUGUGCAGCCCUUUAAGCGUUCUAAGACGUUCCCUAAGUACCAAGCCUUAGAUUUCACACUACUUGUUACGUGUAGCCCAGGGGUGUCCAGCUUCGGUCCUGGAGGACCCAGUGGCUGCCUAAAGCCUUUUCCUAAUCAGUGACCAGUUUUCACUGCUAAUUCCAUUCUUUUCCCCUUCAUUUUAAUAGCCCUGUUUUUAAGGAUUCAGUCCUCUGAAUUGAUUCUUUUCUUCAUUAACUGAAAUGAGACGUGAAACAAGCCAACAAAUGACCAGCUAAAUUGGGGCUUCAAACUCCAACCAAUUUCUUAAUGAGCAGCCAAUUCUUGCUCUUAAUUGAAGUAUUUAUUGAAUAUCAGGACUUGUUGCAGCUCUCAUUCGGCCACAGCAGCCUGUUGAUUUUCUGGUUUUUCUAAGACCACCAUCGAUGUUUUGGUGACCUGAGCAGACCAACAUCACUGAGCCCUUCACCUUUCUUUAUUUUCAGGUUAGCUGGUCAUGGGGCGGUUUGUUUUGUGUCUCAUUAAGGAAAAAGAAACAAUUAAGGGGUCUGAGCCACAACAAUUAAAACUAAGGCAAGACAAGUUAAGAAGCAGCAGCAGCAGCAAAAACGGCUCACAAAUGAAAAAGAUGGUUAGAAUGAAAACCUGUAGCCACUGCGGCCCUCCAGGACUGGAGAUGGACACCCCUGUGUAGCCUGUCAGUUACUAUUUAAUCAACAAAAUGACAGCUUAUCUCAUUUGUGCAGACUUACGAAACCUAAAGGUUGCUUUUCUUUCCACGUUUCUUAAAUCUCACUGUGGUUAUUUUCAAAAUUAAUGCAAUUGCUGCUUCACUUCAUUUAUAAAGGACAAUCCACAUUACCUCUUAAAGACAGUAACUGAAUACAUUUGAAAAUAUUUGAUCUCUCUUACAUGUGGCUGAAGCUCUCGAGUGCGCUCCGAUACAGCCGGCUUCUCAGACUUGUGUAUCAUUUUGAGGCAGCUUGUUCACUUCCUGCUUGCUUGUAUAUUUCCCAUCUUUGCAGGUGACUCCCAGUGUGCCUCCUACACCUUUUCAAGAGUCUCACAUGCGCACUUCCUUUUAUUAACUGCAUCACUAAAGUGAAGCUGACCAAUCAACCCAAACAAAAAGUGGCCAGUCAGAUUGCUUGGAGGAACUGGACACGUACGUAUUUUAGUGUUUUAUUAUACAGUAGAUUUUUUUUUAUGAGACAAGUAUAAUAAUAAUACAUUUAUACAGCACCUUUCCCUUGUGUUGGAUUCUUAGAGGCCUUUCUGUGUCCAUCUGUUUAAUUCAGUGAUAGAACUCACCAUGUGUAAUCCCAGUGGCCCGAGUUUGUGGCCCAGUUGUGCAGACUUGGGACAGAAGUGACAGAAUUUCAGUCAAGUUGUAGCAGUGAUGGGCACAGGUUCAGGGGGUCCAUGACAUUUUAUCAUUGUGAUGGACAGAAGAGUGACUUCAUCCACCGUGUUAUUGAAUUAUCUCAAUGAUUUCACACAAAUGCAGUGAAGUACAAAUGUUAAGGCAAAAACUGUGCGUGACACUUAAUAGAGAUGCACAUUAUGGAAAAAAAUGACACUGCAAAUACAUAAACCGUCUGACACCCAAAUAUAUUACAGAUGUGGGUACAAGAAAUGGAACACCUUGGCAAUGGCGUCAUCUCCUUUAGGGAAGUCCACAUGUCACUCCCCCUAUUGAGGGUGUGGAAGAAGAAGCGAACCAAAGUGGGAAUGGCAAGUGCAGCGAGCAAGCAGGUGGUCAGGCACUAUAAAUAAAACAGGCGCCUCAGUAACAUUGGUGUCCAUGGCUCUCCAGAGUUGAGUAAUGACUGUGCUAAAUUAACGGAAUGUUUAACUAGGAUCUUAUCAUUUGCUUAAUAAAAUGUGUUAUAUAAUAUGCUAAAAUAGUCAUAUAAGUAGCAUUAAUUAAAACAAAUCAUACUGAUGUACAUUUGAGAAUAUGUCUCCACUAAAGCACAUUCAACGCCAGUAGCUCUCCAGUUAGUCUGCUGUAUUCAUUGCCAGUGGUGCCGUGUGAGUGAAGUUCACCUGCAGACAGCCAGAAACAUGCGAGGUGUGAAGACUUGCUGGACAGGGUGGCGAUUUACAGUAUCUAAGUUAUUUAAACUCUCUGUAACAAACAGUAUUUAUCAAAACUGGAAAAAAAAAUAUUUAGAGGUCCAUUUAAACUUAUUCUGGUGUAUAAAUUCUCGUGUGGUGGUUGUCUGUCAGUGGUAAUACGCCACCUAAGGUGACUCCAACAUUCUCAGUCCCACUUACUGCAGUUCAGAGUCAUCGUUGGUGCUGCUCUUGCUGUUAGCUUAUUUAAUUUGUCAACUGCAUCUUAACGUACUAAAAUAAAUGAAAACAAAACACUGAGCCGACAAUGUGACCAGUGCCACCUAGAGCACACGUGUGCCACACAGCACUCUCCGCUCAUCGCUAAGCCAAGCACCCCAUCUUGCCUUUGACCCCUGCACGGAGCCUCUUUUUGCUGCAGAAUCAACAAGAGGCUGGCAAAAGCUCUGUGCCCCUUUGUGUGCCCUCUGUGGUAGUCUGCAGAGGUGCCAGUUUUGAAAGUACAAGCAAACAGGAGGAUAAUGUUGACAAUUAAAGUCAUUUAAAUGUGUUUAAAGUAAGCAAAUUCAUUAUGCUAUACUAUGACACUGGAUUUUUAAAAUUUUACAUAACAAAACUGUCAACUAAAAGUGAGCAAGAGUGUGAAUCUCCAAAUUGUUUCAGUGACAGCUUUCGGUUGCUAGGGUAUUCGUAUUAAACUUCAUAUUCCAAAUGCACGUGUGAAAUCACAGCGGCCUCAUCUGUAAACUAGAGACAGGAGGCACCAUGGGAAAUUUUUUUUUUUUUUGGUUUUGGUGCCAAAAGAGAUUCCCAGGUUUUGGAAUUUUCUACCUCCAUUCCAUCAGCGGCCCUAAAAUUACAUCUCCCACCACAAAGAGAUUAGUGGGGUCCACAGUGUGUAAAAGCAUCUCGGCAGACAGUCCUCAGGGCGGGGGCACAGACAGAAUGAGAGUGUGUUACAGAGGGAGGGCCGUUACUUUUCUAGAACUUUACAGCGGUUGUCAGCUGGUACCUGUACAUAAAAAACCAGAGACGUUGCUCAGAUGCAUCAUGUAGGUGGUGUGAUGUUAUGACAGCCCCAAUGUGUGGUGUCCAUCUGCCAGAAUGUUAAUCAGUAGCCAUAUUCUGCUUUUCAUUAAGCUUUUUUUCUUUUAAUAUUAUCAUCUUCUGGAAGCCAUCUGGUAAAAAUAGUUUUUCGUAGACUUGAUGCGAAGUGAUUGUUUGAUGGUGUGUGUACAUGCACAAAUACCGCAAGUAACCUCAACUUAGGGUCUUAAUGGUGCAGUGGGUUAUUUGGCUUUUCAAACAAAAUAAACCUGCAAAAGAAAGAAAUCUUAACAAACAUCCAAAUGAAAAGAAACAGAAAAGUGUGCACUUGCCUGGCGCCCUGAACAGGCACGGGUGGCCCACAACUGUACACCUGGAUUAAGCAGUGAAUUAUUGGAGAAUAGUAAAUGUACAGAUUCCAAGCUUAUUUAACACAACACUACAUGUACAUGUAAACCCACAUUUGAAUAUUAAAAAUGACAAAAAAAAAAGUUUAAAUCAGUUGUCCUUGCAGUAAAGAAUAAAGGGAUUUGUCAGGCUGACUGUCCGUACGUCUGCUCUCAAAUGACCAAUUCUGUUCGCUCUUGGCAACUCAACUAAGGACCCUGGCAGCACAAGUUCUCCAACGUACCGCCACAGGCAGUUUACUGCUAUUUGGUCAAAAGGACCUUCGGCCCAAACGACUGCAGUGGUCCUUCUGCUCAGACUCGUGUCCCCCAUUGUCAGUGCAUGUGCACCUUUUUUUUGUUUGUUUUUUUAAACUACUACGUGCCUGGAUCAUCUGUAGCAAGUUGGUGUGACGUUAAUCAAGAUAUUUAAUUCCAGAUUCUUGUCAGAAUUCUUCCAAAAGAGCUGAUCAGAAAUAAGCUAGAAGACCACAAGGCCCCCACCCCCUGCCCCCUUUCUGCCUUAGGAGGAGUUGGAGUCGUCGUCUUUGCUGCGUAAUUUAAAUUUCUAUUUAUUGAGUUAGCAGAUCUGAGAAGGUUUGGUGUAAGACUGAGAGCGAGGCUGUGCAUGCAGUGUUGUGUAAUGGCAGUGAAUAAAGACGAGACCUGACUUAAAACAGUACAA